AUGAACGUGAGUGAGAAAUGUAACACCCUGAAGAAAUCGGCAUGCUGUUUCAACUGCUUGCAGAGAGGUCACCGCACGAACGGUUGCACUUCAACGCACAGCUGUCGUGAAUGCGGCAAGCGCCACCACUCAUCGCUUCACACCAACGAAGUUCCCAGCUCCAGGACAUCAGAUUCGGUUGUCACAACCGCACCGAAUGCCGCCAUUGAAGAUACACGACCACCUCGCAAGGAUUCCGAUGUCGGUAACCAAGUUGACACACCCAAAGUCGGCACUGGUACGACCCUCAGCGUUAAUGUCGGAUGUCAAACGAAGCAAAAACUGCUGUCUACUGCGGUGGUGCGGGUCCGUGGUUUCAAUUCGGUUGUGUACCCCUGCCGGGUCCUGCUGGAUUCCGCAUCGACAGAGCAUUUUGUCACCGAGCGAUUCGCUAACUUGGUCGCUCAGAAGAAGGAACCUGUUGACUACACUGUCAGUGGCCUCAACGGGACGAACACAAGAAUCCGUCGUUUGGCACGCCUGACAAUCGAAUCCCGCACCGGAGAUUUCCAUGCUGAUUUGGAAUUCCUCGUAGCACCGAGGAUUACUGGUGACAUCCCAGAAAGGUCUUUCAGCGUAGCAGCAUGGCCCAUUCCUGUCGACGUCAAAUUGGCAGACCCGCAGUUCAACCGACGAGGACGCAUCGACAUGCUCGUUGGUGCAGAAAUCUUCUGGGACGUUGUGAAGAGUAACCAGCUGAAGCUUGGAUCGAACCUGCCAUUACUCACCGACACCGAGUUCGGUUGGGUCGCCGGUGGAAUAGUUCCGUCUGACGCGCCUGUGAUCGCUCGAUCUUUCUGCCAAACGGCCGACGAAGACUUGAGCGAAAUUCUACGAAGCUUCUACCAACUUGAGGCUUGCGAUGAGAUCCAGCAUCGGAACCAACUAUCCGACGAGCGUUGUGUAGAGCACUUCCGUGAGACCCACCAGCGAGAUCAGAACGGAAGGUAUUACGUGCGCCAUCCGUUCAACGACAGGAAAAAUGAGCUUGGCGAUUCCCUUCCUGCGGCGACGAAGAGGUUCUUCUCGCUGGAGCGACGGCUGGACAGGGAACUAGCAAUCAAGGAACAGUACGCUAGCUUCAUGCGAGAAUAUGAAACCCUCGGCCACAUGAGCGCAAUAACGGUGAACGAGAAUGAGGCGCCGAACUCCGCUUACUACAUACCACAUCACUGUGUAGUGAAGCCUACCAGCACCUCGACUAAAUUAAGGGUCGUUUUCGACGGCUCUUCAGCGUCUUCUUCGGGAGUGGCAAUCAACGACGCCCUGGUGUCAGGACCGAACAUUCAAAACGACUUGUUCUCUAUCCUGUUGAACUACCGAAGCUACAGGUACGUUUUCACAGUAGACGUCGUCAAAAUGUUUCGACAGGUAGGCGUUCUUCCCCCGGACACUCGAUACCAAAGAAUAGUAUGGCGCUACGAUCGGAACGAGUCACUGGUGGUGUACGAGCUUUCGACGGUCACCUACGGGCUGGCAUCGUCGGCCUUCCAAGCGACUAUGGCACUCCGCCAGGUCUCAGAGGAUCAUCAGCACGAAUACCCUCAAGCGGCUAGGGUAAUCAAAAAGAGUACCUAUAUGGACGACGUGAUUGGUGGUGCGCAUACCAUCCAGGAAGCGUGCACAUUACAGCAAGAAGUAAGUGGAUUGUUGGCGAAAGGCUGUUUCGGUACGCACAAAUGGUGUGCCAAUCGGCCGGAAAUACUGCAGCACGUUGAAAAGGAACACCGUGGCACGGACUUCAAGGUAGGUGACGCGGACUCGAUCGUUACCAAAACCCUUGGUGUCGUUUGGAAUCCUCUAGACGACUGGUUUUCGUUCUCUGUCGUCCCUGGCAACACGGAAGCUACAACGAAAAGAAAAAUCCUCAGUGAAGUUGCGAAGAUAUACGAUUUGCUGGGUUUGGUUGGCCCGGUAAUCACUGUGGCGAAAUUGAUUCUCCGAGAGGUCAGCGUACUACAAGUUGACUGGGACGACCCCGUCCCACAGGACAUCAUCCACAAGUGGCGUUGCUUCCGUGACGAAUUUAGUUGCUUGAACAGCCUACGUGUACCCAGAUGGAUUUCAACGGAAGGCGUCACAUCCAUUCAGCUACAUGGGUUUUCGGACGCCUCAGACGUGGCUUAUGGGGCAUGCCUCUAUACUCGCGUCAUCCAGGAGAAUGGCACAGUUACCAUGCAUCUGAUCUGCAGCAAAUCCAGGAUUCUUCCAAAGAAAACGGGUAAGUGCAAGCCAAUCACUACUCCUCGUGCCGAGCUGCUAGGUGCUGUGCUUCUGUCAAGGCUAACGGCGAUGACAUAG